AUGACCGGCGCGCGCCGGCGGCGCUCGUCUCGCGCGGAGGAGGGCGAGGCGAUGGAGGCAGACGAUGCGGAGGCGCCGGAAGAAGCAGCCUCUGAAGGCGGGGCGGGCGACGAUGACGGCGGGGAAGAGGAGGAGAAUGAGGAAGAAGACAGCGAGGGAGAGGACGACGAGGAGACGUCCUCCGAGGAAGAAGAAGUGGGGAUUGCGCUCCAGCUCCCGGCGCGCAGCACACGAGGCUGCUCGUACCAGCGGCUGGUAGGUGAUGCGCUGCGGAACGAUCAGGAGUUUUGGAAUCACUCGACGUGGGAAGAGGAAGAUGACGACGACUACAACUGCAGCGAGGGCGAAGAGGCGUACAAGGACAUCAUCGACUCCGACUUUGACGCGCCCGAGGAGGAGGGCAGCAGCGACGAAGAAGGAGAAACGGGCAAGAAGAAGCGCGACGACGGCGAGAAGAGGGCGCGCCGGGGGGAGGCUGGUGACAUCGUGGAGGACGACGACGAACGCGCGAGGAAACGGCAGAAGCGCAACGCGUUCCAGGAUUUGUGGAAGAAGAAGCAGCAACAGCAGAAGCGCCAGGAAGAGGCGAAAAAACGGAAGAAAGACGCCGGCAGGGUGGGGCGAGACAAGCAGAGACGCGGGAGAGAGCGCGCUUCACCUGGAAGAAGAGGCCGAAGAGGAGGUGACGAUGAGCCCUCAGAAGGUGAGUUUCCCCAAGAAAGCAGCGGAGGCGAGAAAGGCGAGAGAGGUCAGGCCGAAGGCCGGAAGAGAGGAGAAGAAGCGGCGAAAGAGAAGAGGCGGCGGAAGGAGGGAGAAGGAGAGGCAGAAGACGGCGGGUCUGAGACGUCGCGGCGCCGCACACGCGACAGCACUCGCCAGCACACACAGUGCGUGGCGCGUCGCCUGGAAGAAGAAGAAAUGCAUCGAAGGAAGAAGGAGAGAAAGAAGAGGGCCUCAGCCAAGGGCGCGGGUGGCGAGAAGGAGAAACAAGGCGGGUGUUCUGCCUUCCGCGAGCCGACUUUGGAAGAGCACCUCGCGGAGGCGAAAAUCACCGAAGCCCGCAACGUGGCGAGCCUCAUGGUGAUCGAAGAGAAGGAAGAGGCGCGCAAACUGAGGUACGUAGAUGUAAAGAAGAACAUCUACAAGGGGGACUUUGAUUCAUACAUCUCCUGGGCCUCGUGGCUGGUCGUCGGCGACCUGCCGCCGUCUGAGGAAGAAGAGCACCACGCACCUGCGGGCGCCACGGCGGCGGAAGAAGCGAACCGGUCGCCGCCCUCUCCAGGCGCCUGUUCGCCUGGCGAGCAGACACUUGCUGGGGCAGAGGACGCGCCUGACAAAGCUGCGCCGUCGCCGAAGGCGGGAGAAGCUCCGCAUGUGAGACGGGAAGCAGGGGAGUCGCCUGAGGGCGGAUCCCAAUCCGCCAGCGAGGCGCACAGACACACAGAGAAAAGGACGGAGAACGGCCGAGGCGACUGGGGGCCCGCGGCGGGCUCGGGGGUCUCCGAGGCAGGCCCCGCUUCUGAAGCCCUGCAGAAGAGCGCGCGACCGCGAGAGGAGACAGCAGACUCGGGGUCGUCCGGUAGGAAGACGGAAGGAGAAUCAGAGGGAGGCAGGCGUGAGCACGGGCGAACAGAAGCCGCAGAAGGGGAGAAGGAGGGAAAAGAUGAUGACGCAGAGGCAAACUUCGACGACUACGCCAUGGAAAUGCGCAUGUUCACGGAUGGAAAGUUUCCCGAUAUUUACCACCAGCAGCCGCUUCCAGAGCGACAAGUUCACAUAUGCCCCGUUUCGGGCUUGGAGGCGAAAUACCUCGACCCUCUCACAGGCGUGCGUUACGCGACAACGCAUGCGUUCAAAUGCGUCCGCGAGGCCUAUCAUCGCCUGCGUGAGCAGCAGCUCUUCCAAGCCCUUGCGCAAGCAAAGCAAAUGCUGGACGUGAAGGCAGAAGAGCUGGGCGGCGGCGACGCGGCAGGGGCAUGUGCAGUGACCGCGCGCGCCUCCACGUCGGUCGCGGCGAAGCCCGAGGUUCCAGCCCCGCGAGCUGUCUCUGCGCAACACGCGCAUCGCACGUCAGCGGGCGGCGGCGCCUCCGCGCACAGCCGCAGAGCGAACAGCUUCGCAGGGGUCACCGCGGGCGACGUGUGGGUGCCUGAGCCGGCUGAGAGCAAGAGGGGGGGACGGAGCCGACGAGGUGCCAAGUCGACGGCCCGCGGCGGCCGCGGCAGGAAAGCGAAAGCCGAAAAACCGGAGACGCAUGCGUUCCUGGUGGCUCUUUAA